UCCAUAGAGAAAACAAGGUUUGCCGGUCACCGCUUGAACUAAUAUAUUUUCUAAUUUUUUUUCAAAGUAAUUCGCAUUAUUGUGAUGUAUUGAAUGAAGAAAUCAUGAUUUGUUUACAGCAGUUCAUCAUUUUGGUAAUCAUUUGCGUUGGUACAACUGCUAGUAACAAUUUACCUAGCUGUGAUUCAUCUAAAGAUGAUUUUACAAAACAACUGAAAGAUGUAAAAUCCAAUUUAGAAAAAUUUAAUGCGCAUUAUCUAACGAACCUGGAGCAAAGAAUGUUGAAUAUUAUGACAACAAUGGCUAGUCUGGAUAGUAAUGUAAAAGCUCUCCAAGAAAAAUCACAGGUGUGGGACAUUUUCCAACACCACAUUGGCGCAUGGAGUGAUCAUAUAAAGUCUGUUGAUCACAAAAUGGACUUACUCAAAAAAGCGCAUGAAAAUACGCCUGUUGCCCUAGAGACACGACUAUCGAAUUUGGAUUUCAAAGUUCAGCAUAUUUUCGAAAAAGUUGAUACAAUAAACGAGAAGCUGCAUGAUAUUACUAAGACUGUGUAUAUGUUAUCUACUAAUAACCGAGCUCGACGGAAUGACCGUGAGCCUGUUGAUCAGAACGCGGUUAUGGCGAAAAUCAGUCAUCUUCAGAAACAGUUGAAUCGUUUGGAAUCGAAUACAAAUAAUUGCCAAAAGAAAAACGGAAAUAGUAACAACAAAACGAAAAAAGAUGUCCAAGAAUUUGAUGAUGAGCUGGAUGAUUUUCUUGACAAGAUGACAGCUAAAAAAUUGAAGGAUCUUGCUACAAGUCGCAAACAGAUUCGUUCACUUGACAAUGUAAUGAACACAUUGCGAUCAGUUGAUGAAAGGACUAUCAGAAUUUAUGAUUUAGAAGCAAAUCAAUUCGAACAGAUAUUGAGCUGUUGUAGAAGAACAGAUCGUGAAAUCACCACUUUCACUAACAGUGCCGACAUAUUACUAAAAAGAAUCGAGAGAUUGGUUAUUGAUGUCGACAGAAAGAUCGAAGUACGAAAUCAGGAGUGUGACAUAAAUACAAGAACCGAAGACGACAUAAUAAAUAUCACGACGGAACUCGGAAGUGGAAAGGAAAUUAUCCCUACGACUACUGAAAUAGAAUACGAUGCAAUGGACCCAAGUUCUAACAAAGCCGAAGUUUCAAUAAGCUUUCAUCAACCUAAUAAGCAAGGUUGUCAUCAACUUUUGAAUAGGAAAAAUGGAGUUUACACAUUUGGUAACUAUGUAGCCAACAGGACUAAGGGUGAUUUUAACAGGCGAUAUUGCAAAUUUGCAACAGACGGUCCCGCAUGGACGGUAUUUCAGCGUCGAGAACUGAAUGAUUUACAAGAGAAUUUCAAUCGCUCUUGGAACGAAUACAAAAGAGGAUUUGGUGAUUUGAAACAUGAAUUCUGGUUCGGCAAUGACUUUUUACACAUGCUAACUUACGAUGAUAAUAUGGAGCUAAGAAUUGAGUUAGAGGAUUUCGAAGGUGGCUUAGCGUAUGCGGAGUACAAAACAUUCAGAGUUGAUACAGAAAAAUUCAACUACAAUCUUAUGGUUUCGGAUUACCAAGGAAAUGCGUCAGAUGCAAUGGGAUAUCACAAUGAUCAAGAUUUCAGUACGUAUGAUCGCCGCUAUGAUAAAUCAAAUGGAUCAUUUCCGUGUGCGUUGACGUACGGUAGCGGUUGGUGGUUUGAUAGUUGUGCGGAAUCAAAUUUGAAUGGCAUAUAUUAUACUGACGAACCAAAAUCUCACAAAUCAACAGGUAUUUUAUGGGAAACAUGGUUAGGAGAUUAUUCAUUAAAAUCAUCAACUAUGAUGGUCAGACCACGAGACGUUUGGAUGACUGAUAAUGAAGAAACAGUGCCACAGGAUCCGUGAAUGUCCACAACUUAUAGAAUGUAACCAUUUAAAGCGAAUAUUCACUACUGACAUAGAUACAAAUAAAUGCAUUUAGUUUAUGAUUAAAA